AUGAAAUACUCAUCGCAACCAACCCCGUCAACCCUCGAAAGAGACUUCGGACCGGAAUGGUCCGACCGCCUUCGCACAACUAUCGCCUCCAACUCAGAGCUGAUGAUUGUCGAACAAGAAGCAUGGAAAGAUCAAGCUCAUUGGAGGGACAACGACUCAGCUACCCCGAGACCUGUUGACCCAUGGAAGCUGAUAACUCCACUGGGGACGCCUCGGAAAGAAUAUGACGAUCCAAGAGAAGACAUAGACGAUGGUCUAAGAUUUGAACAGGGAUACGAUCCUACGCGAUGGGCGCUUGUCAAAUACGACUACAACUUCGAAGCUUUUGAGAAAGUCAAAGCGCAUCGAUUGCGCUGUAGUCUGGAAUCGCAAAACUUCGCGAAGAGGAUCGUAUGGUAUGUGUUCUUAGCUGUCUUGCUCCAUGGUAUCUGGACGCACUGGGAUGAGUCUGAGAGGCGCGGCACACGCAAAUGCGACGAAAGUAAACCCACAUGCGGUCGCUGCAGCAGCAAGAACGAAAAAUGCAAUUGGGCUUCUCGCCUCACCUUCCGGGCCGAGAAUGCUCUAGGUGUCGGGCCAUCGUCGCUGCAUCGCCCGCCGGGACGACCGCCUGCGCGCUUCAAGAUCAAGGACGUAACUGCGGAAGUUAUACGCGAUUAUCAGCAUUACGAUGCAGUAGUGGAUGAGCUUGAUACGCCAGAUCGAUUUGAUGAUCGGCAGAGUCCUCCUUCUGACAAUAUAUCGCCAGCUACAGCCGACGAGCAGGUCCCACAGCAUCAAGCUCACGCUCACCCAUAUUGGACGCCAAACACGCCUUUCUCGGCUGCAGAAGAUACUAUAGACCCUCUCCAGUCGACCCAGUACGUGCCUUUACCCACUCCAGGAGAUAUCGAAUCCAUCUGGCACAGUCCCGGCACGACUACGUAUCUAGACGACAGCGUAUUCCUACCAGGUUCAGCGUAUCUCGAUGCGCAUUCCACGUUUCGGAGCCAUUUAAUACAGGAAGUGAGAUCUAAUGUACCAACUCGAGAGGUUACACCUGAUGCUGUGCGUAUUGGACAGGGCUGGGGAGGGGUGCAAGAAAAUUACGCUUCAGAUGCAGGUGCAGCGAGGCACGUUAUGGGAACCUCACUUGACACCGCUCCCAUCGACGAGUCAGAAACGCCAAAUAUAUCGCCACCCCAGCUAUCCCCAGAAGACGACUUCGAACUAUGGAAAAACUGGCUCAACGAAGUAGCACCCUGGAUCGAUAAAUUCGACCCGGAGCGACACUUCCAACGCACCCUACCCAUCAUGGCACGCUCGCACGAUCACUUGCGGUACUCGAUGCUCGCUCUCUCAGCCCGCCAAAUAGAGCGGAAGAAUAACAGUAAACAUACCUCGCGCAGUCUAGCGCUCUACCAAACAGCCAUCCAGCUCGUCCUCCCACAACUGCAUACCCGCAGCACGCCCGUGAUAGCAUCAUGCGUAGUGCUAUGCGUACUCGAGAUGCUGAGUAGUUCGGCGAAAGCAUGGCAUCAGCAUCUAGAUGGCUGUGCGCAUUUGUUAGAAGCUGUGGGAAUCAACGGGUUCAGCGGUGGUGUGGAUCAAGCGCUGUUUUGGUGCUUUGCUCGCAUGGACGUCUGCGGCGGGCUUAUCGCAUCGUCUAAAACGCUCAUACCGGUUGAGCACUGGGCUUCUUCAGGAAUGGGUCUCGAUGCCGAUGUGGACCGUUUCCGUUCAGUCAGCAGCUACAACGUUUACGCGUGCGAAGCCGUGUAUCUCAUUGCCCAGAUCCUUGACUUACUGUCUUUCCAUUCAAAUCUAGCUGGUCGCGUGGGCGCCACACCACGCUCAUCCACAGACACAGACGCCGCAUAUUCCGCUCGUUGGACUCAACUCUGGCACCACAUCUCAACAUGGUACACCACGCGCCCCGCAGAAAUGCUCCCAACCUCCUCCUUCACCCCACCCACCACCCCCUUCCCCCGUCUCCUCUACAGCAACCCUGCCGCCAUGUCUGGCAACCAACUCCACCACACUGCCUGCAUCCUUCUCCUCCGUCACAAACCUCCCAACACCGCCGUGACACCCAAACCGAACUCAAUCUUCUGGCACGCAAGACAGAUUUGUGGGAUCUCGAUUAGCAAUGAUGAUCAUGCUGCUUGGACGAAUGCGAUUCAGCCGCUGUGGAUUGCGGGGCAGUGGAUGAGCCAUGAGAGUGAGCAGAAGGCUAUUUUGCAACUGCUGGAGAAGAUUGAGAGACUUUCGGGGUGGAGUACGAAGUGGAGGGCGGAGGAUUUGAAGGAGUUUUGGGGGUAG